GAAAUGAUAUACCUUUGAGUGUCUUUCUCUUCUGUACAGCUAAAAAAAUCAGAGGGGGACGUUUUUACGGUCAGUCCCGUUCCGCCUCCUGUUUCCCCCUCCACCCUCCCCGUCUUCGUCCGCAUCUUCCUCCCCACGCUGCCGCCGCCGCCAUUCCCGCACGCGCACCUCCUCGCCCACCCGCGCCACGCCAGCGACCCCACCCCGGCCCCCGCGUCCAACGAAGCGCGCCCGCCGGAAGCUGCUGCCGCAUCACGCACCGGCGGCGGCGGCUUCUCCGACCGUCGCCUUGGCACCCAUGUGGAAGCGCCUCCUAGAGACGACCAAGCAGGCCGCCUCCUCCGCCCCCAAGCCGGCCAUCCCCGCCGCCGCCGUCGCUCCCAUGCCCGCGACCUCCUCCGCCGCCAAGCCCGCCGCCGCCUCCGCAUCCAAGGGCGACACUGCGGUCGCUGCCCCAAAUCCCACCCCAUGGGCCAUGGCCGCCGCCGCGCGCCGCCCUCCCCUGCGACAAGCCCGCCGCCGCCCCUCUUUCCUCUCCUUCGCCAAGCCCGCGCCUCCGCCUCACCGCCUGCCACGCCGACAGCCUGCUCGGCGGAUGGGUCAUCUUCAUGUAAGCCCCACUGCCCCCUCCCUCUCUGCCAUCUCCAGCGAAGCCAUCGAUAGAAGGUCCUCACAGGCACCGACGGGCGUCUGCCUCGCGUUGACCUGGCCACGCUAGCCAUGCCUGAGGACGUACAUCCGCCACACCACCAUGGAGCUCGCUAAGGCAUCAGUGCCAGCAAGGCAGAAGGACGCCGUCGCCCUUGUUUGCUGCUCUGUGCUUGCCGUCCACCAAAAUAGCCAAGCUCGCCACGUCGAGGUGAUUUUGCUGUGCUUACUGCUCCAUGUCAAUCAGGUCAUUCUCGAGACACCCAAGGUGAUAUGCUGUGCUUGACGGUCUAUCCUUCUAAUGCUUGUACUUAAGUGUUUGAUGAAAUGCCACUUCAAGCUUAUAAAUCAUUCUUUCAGUCUAUGAUGUUGAUUGCCUUCGUUACCAUAUUCUAUCUUAUGCUUUGAUUUCGUUCUCUUGAUCAGGAAAUGAAGAGCUGUGGUUACUAUGCUUGCACAUUUCUUAUUGCUUAACUAAGACUUGGUACUAUGCACAGCAGUGGCUAAUUUUGAUUGCCUAAUGACUGAUAAUGAUAAUAUAUGUUUGGAUCAAUAUACUUUGCUAAUCUUCCAAAUGCUCUGAAACUCCUCAGAACUUGAAAGAAUUGUCGUUCAUGGUAGUUUUGUCUAAUUAUAGGCCUCAUUUCAUCUAUAUGCUUGUGACAUUCUCCCAUGCUUUUGCUUGAUUUCUUAUGUAAACACGAUUCUUUUCUUGUCAAUAUUGUUUCUGGUAGGUAAGGGCCCAAAAGAACUGAAUAAUGAUGAACCUGGCACAAGCAAUUUGCACUGUCAAACAUUGAGCGACAGAAGGGAGCGGUGGUAACAAGAAGGGAUGAGGAAUGGACAGUCUCAGUCAGAGCAGGAAGGGCCGGUGGGAACAAGCUAAAGCAGAGUUGUUCUUCGGCGACAAAGUUGAGAAGGUUACAUUGUAGAUUUACUUGUUUAUGAAUUUUGAGGACGAAGGUAUUUUCUACUCCUAUGUACAAACACUGAGCUCCCGUGCUGUGGAGGGUCAGCCACCGCAGGGUGUGAGUACUCGUGGUAUAGUUAUAAUUGUACCUAUUUUCUACUAUGUAACUAAGGAUCUUACAUGUCUAUGCAUCGAAAGAUAUUAAUUGAUAUCCCAUGGCUCCAGCGAGUGCAAAAAGGAUGCUUGCCCUUUCUGUCACCUGACACCAAAAUAAUAAGCAAUUGCAAUGACAUUUAAUAUUGUUUGCACCAUAAUUACAUGAAUCUAAAUACUUAUGCACGUUAUAUUGCAAUGCUUCACUGGUACAGAAGAACACAAGCAGUUGGUUUUCCUAUUACUUUUCUCGAAUCUCCCUAGGAAUAUAAUGUACAGUGUAAUUCUUACGAGUAAAUAUCAUAUGGUUAUUCCACCGAGGAGACAAUUAAUGUGCAAAAUUCAAUUGAAACAUGGUGUUAAAUUUCAUGGUUUUUUAUGAUCCAAGAACAGACGUUUCAAAAGUAAAUGUCAAAAGAAUUCACGCAUGGCUUGUGUAUUUUUCAAAUGGCUUCAAAUCCAUGGUGAAAUAUCCUGGAAGAAUUCUUAUUGUUGUUUUUAGUGCACCAUUCUAGAACUGACAUUGUUUCGUUGGUUAUAAGUCUAAUUCUUGAGAAACAAUUUUGAAGACGGAGACUCCACAGCAUUCUUGGAUAGCAUGAGACCGGAUGACACUAAGCGAUUGGCUGCACAGGCCAUAUUCGUACCAACCAUACAACCAUAACGACUAUAACAUCUACACAUGGAUGCUUGGUACUGUUAUAUCCACACCUAAAUAAAACAUUUAGUUUUCAGCAUUUGGAAGCUAGCCUGUUUAGAUGUAGAGUUGAUAUAUUGACUGACCCAAACAUUGAUCAUUAGUGUUAUGCAUAUUGCCUGAGUUAAUUUUAUUUCAUUUUGACAUGUUGUGCACUUCCGUAUGAAUGAUUUAGAUUUUUUAUUUAUGAAUGAAUUAGAUUUUUUAUUGCUAUAGCAAUGCACGGGCACGAUUCUAGUUUUAAAAAAAUGAAAAGAAAAGAAAAAUGCUAUCACAGGAGGCUGCACGAGUAGUGAGGUCAUGCUAGAGCUGCGACACGGACAUGGACGUCCGCGUGCCGUGACGGACCGUGCGAGCCGAGCACAGAUAUUAUUGAUUGGAGCCUUGGAGGUUGAUUGGGUUCGGACAUCCAAUCGAUCGGGACCCUUAUUUGCCCGAGUCUAACGUUUGUCCCGUGCGCGGAGGUGUCGUCCAUGACGAUGACACGCUUCUGCUUUCACGUGGCGGGGGCGCCCAAGCCGCACGAGCCCACGAGGAGCCGUCCGAGGACUUGGAAUCCUGGAUUGACAGGGACAAAUGGAUGAACAAGUCCAUAGUGUCCUCCCGUUCUCGUCGCUAAUUGGACGAUCGGUAAGUGCGUUCUUGACUGACUCUCGCUAGCUCCGUGGUCAACAAUGGAGUCAAAAGAUUGGAUUGGAUUGUUGGAUUGGGUUGGAUUCCGUCGGACGGAGGAGCUAGGAAAGAUCAUCUCGGCUGCCUUCCCACCACGCCAUGGCGUGACGCGUCCCGGGCCAUAGUUCCUUUCGUCUUCUCAUUCUCAGGUCUUCGUCCUGUCCGGCCAUGUAUUUUAGUCCUGUCGUCUUUCUUCCUUAGCUUGAGCCUAGGGAGCUUCUCCAUCCAUGGUCGUCCAUCAGAUCAUCAACCUAGCGAGCUUCGUUUGUUCGUGAUACAUACGUACGUACAAUUAAGCAAAAGGCUGAUCCAUCGACAUCGAUUGAUUUAUUGAGCAGAAAGGGAAUUGGGAAAAGGAUGCAGCGGCAGCAGGAUGAUGACACGGCGAACGCCGCGGCCAUCGUCCUCGCCGCCGCCGCGAGAACAACCAGCACGGGCCACCAGCACCUCCGCCACCAGCUUGACGACGACGACGACCACGCCACCAAGAAGACGCGAUGGUGGUCGCGCCUCAAGGCGAAGCUCGCGUGCUUCCGGCCCCACGGCCACCCGCAACGCAUCUUCGACGCGUCGCCGGAGACGGGCGCCGAGCAGGCGGCGCCCGGCUCCAGCAGCUUACACCACUACGCCCGCCACGCGCCGCAGCCUGUGGUGGCGUUCGUGGCGCCACCGCCGUCGCCCGCGUCGUCCGCGCUCACCUCGGGGUCGCCGUCGCCCACGGUGCUCCUACUGAACGCCGGCAUCAGCAGCUGCUACAGCUCACCCACGGCCUCCAUCUUCGCCGUCGGCCCGUACGCCCGGUCGCCGCAGCAGCUGGUGUCGCCGCCGGCCUUCUCCGCGGGGCACACCGAGCCGUCCACCGCGCCGCUCACGCCACCGCCGGAGCCCGGCUGCAGCCCGCACCUGCUGGCCACCACCACGCCGUCCUCGCCGGAAGUCCCCUUAGCCCGCUUCCUCUGCCCCCCGGUCGCGGCAGCAGACAGGCAGCAGCAGCACUGCUCGGGCGGCGGCGCGGAGGGCCUCCUCCUCAACGCGUACCAGCUGCAGCCGGGGAGCCCCAUCCUCGUCUCGCCGGGAACGGGAUCGACCUCCUCGUCGCCGCCGUCCUGGACGGUGCGGCGCCCGGUGCGAGCGCGCAAUGAUGGCCUGUCGCUUCUUGACGGUGGGCGCAUCCCCAUCACGGAGGAAGGCGGUGGCUGUGGCAGCGGCGGCGCGAGCAGGAACGACGACACACGAGACGAUGAAGUGGCCAAGAGCGGGGGCGAGUUUGUGUUCGGAAACAAUGCCGAUGCGGCGGCUGGCGGUGAGGUUGGCGGCGGCGGAUCCUUGGCCUUGGGACACGCGACCGAGCAGUGGCCUUUUCACCUUGCUCAUGGUUGACUCUGUAUCGCAGCUGCAGACUGAAUUUGGGUAGUACUAGUAUAGUACAGUACAUUUACA